AUGGCUACAAAUCUGCUAGACAAGGAUAUCCUUCUUCUGGAUGGUGGACUUGGCACAACACUUGAAGACCAGCACGGUGUCAAAUUCUCUUCUGAAACUCCGCUUUGGUCCUCGCACCUUCUGGUUGAAAAUACUUCGACAUUGAAAGCCGUCCAACGGGAUUUUGCCGAUGCCGGCGCUGAUAUCAUCCUCACAGCGACUUACCAGGCAAGUCUCCAUGGCUUCAAGAAUACAAAGACCAUAAACAAGGCAGGCAUCGACGCGGAGGAAGCACGGGGUUACAUGCUGUCCGCCGUCCGAAUUGCGCGAGAAUCCUAUGAUGGCAGGCCUGGUCUCGUGGCUUUGAGCCUGGGUGCCUACGGCGCGACCAUGAUUCCGAGCACUGAAUACUCCGGGGCAUAUGGGACGAUGACAGAAGAGGACCUCUACGACUUCCACAUGACUCGGGUAUCGACCUUCACAAGCAGCGAGGAGUGGGAAGAAAUCGACCUUGUGGCUUUCGAGACUUUGCCACGGAUCGAUGAAGUCCGCGCAGCCAAAAAGGUCAUGUUAAGUGUGACGGACAAGCCAUACUGGGUAUCCUGUGUCUUUCCAAAUGACGACCAAAGGCUUCCCGACGGGACCGGCAUCGACGAAUUAGUUAGUACUAUGCUGCAAGGAGACAAACCGCCGUGGGCUAUUGGCGUCAAUUGCACAAAGAUCCAUAAAGUUGAUGGACUGGUCAAAGCAUUCGAGGAUGCAGCACGGAAAAAAUCUUUGAGACUGCCAAGGUUAGUCGUGUAUCCGGAUGGUGCGGGUAGAAAGGUCUACGACACGAGAUUGCAAGAAUGGAUCGGAGAUGACAGCGACCAAACGCCAUGGGAAGAGCAACUCUUUGAUAUCGUCUCCAAAUCCAAGCAGAGAGGAGCAUGGAAAGGUAUUAUUGUUGGCGGAUGCUGUAAGACAACACCUGGCUAUAUCAAGAAGUUCAGACAAAGGUUAGAUGCCGCCUGUUGAUUGCAUCCGAGCAGGGGCGCUGGCG